GACUACGAGUACAAAAAGCAGUGUAAGCUAUUGCGAUUUUUAGUAGUUCAUGAAAGCCCAAGCUGUGAAUAUGCACGAUCUGAAGUAUUUCUUUGUUGGCCUAUCUUGGUUUUUCUUUGUAGGAAAUGUCAGCGCUAUAUGUAUUAUUCCAAAAAGUUUGUUGACAUCCAAAAAUAUUUAUUUAAGCCACAGUAACGGGGUAUUUGAUAUCCAGCACAGUGAUAUGGUGGCCAACGGCCAAACGAUCUAUUUGCUAUGUAACGGAGGAAUUCAACAUACUGGAUUCAAGUGUCAAUCUAACCAUGUUUUUAAUCCACCUUUAAACACGGCUAUGUGCUCAACGCCAUUCGAACCGUCUGUUGUAGGAAUAAGAAAAAUGGAUGCCUCUUGUCCGAAUCCUUCUCGCAUGUAUGGGGUGGGCUUUAACUUCAAUGGAAACUUUAUGGAGCUGUAUCGAAACUGUUUCAACGGUAACAGCUUAGCAUUCCAACAUUCCAUCUAUAAGGUCUACCGCCACGAAAACACCGCUCCACGUCCUACCCCUCCAUGGAACUCGGAUGGAUUGAGUGGAGGAUUUGAUAAUGCUUACGAGGGAAGGGCAACUCAAGCUUGCUUGCUGACUAACCUGGGUGCAACACAACCGCAGUGUAAAUUUGAUCGUGGCCACAUGACACCAGCCUCUGCUUUCAUGUUCACAGAGCAUAAGAAAACCACCUUUAAGUAUUUAAAUGCCAUCCCUCAAUAUCGUGGAAUCAAUCGUGGCAACUGGAAGACCGUCGAGACCUGGGUAAACAAUGUAGUAAAGGGACUACAUGAUAAUCCAAUCGUGAAUAACGUUCAAAUUCAGCGAACCUACGAUGUUCUUAAAGUUUGCAUAGGAGCAAUGGGAGUACAUAGAUUGAGGCAUACGAAUAAUAACAACAUGAUAUCAAUUUUUCUUUUGGAUAAUAACAAAAUUCCGGUUCCCGAAUGGAUGUACAAGAUAGUUAGCCAUCUUUCUGGAGACAAAUGGGUUAUGUUAACAUACAACGACGUUAAUAUCCCUAAUCAGCAGGACUUAAAUCAGAUUUGUCGGCAGAUCAAUUGUCAUCCAGGCCUUCAUCUGAAUGGGAGAAGUGUGGGUCACACUGUCUGCUGCGACCCUUUCCAUUUUAUUGCUAGAAACGUUCCACAUUUGACUGGUGUUUGCUAAAGCAAUCAAGAAAAAUGUCUUCAAUUGUAUUUUUAUACCCUUGCAGAGGGUAUAUUGAUUUCAGUCAGAAGUUUGCAACGCAGUGAAGGAGACGUUUCCGACCCCAUAAGGUAGCUCCUAUAGGAAUAAUCGGAAAAAAAAAU